AUGGUGCACGAAUGCGUUCGCGGGAGGCACUUGGUCCUUGGAGCGCUUCGAGCACGGCGAGCACUCCCUGUCCCGGGGCCCGCACAGCUCGCGUCCGCCCAGCGGUGCCGCCGCUUCUCCGACUCCAGGCCAGGCAAAGACAAAGGUACAGGCGACGCCGACGCCGCAUCCCUCACCCUGUUUGAAGGGUCCGUGAGGCGGCCAGGGGAGACGGCGGAUGUCGCUACGGUGAUACGAAACUGGUGGGCCUACCCGGCGGUGGGCUUUGGUGCGAGCCUGGAGCUGCCGGUGCAGAAGUUCGAGGUCCUCGACGCGGAGAAGACCGAGCUAGGCCGGCCGGCGCCCAUCUACAUGUAUUGGGCUGAUGAUAUUGAUAUAUAUAUUUUUUUUUAG